AUGGGGCGGGACGGCACAGAGGCGGCAAUUGUUCAACAUGUCGAUGUCCCUAUGACUAACAGCAUUCGUCGAUCCUCUAGGUCUAAAAAGGCCCCUCAGAAGUAUGAUGAGGAGCGCCUACUCCCUUCGAGGAAACUCAGCCAGACUAAUGGUACAGCCAAUGGUACAGCCAAUGGUACAGCCAAUGGUACAGCCAAUGGUACAGCCAAUGGUACAGCCAAUGGUACAGCCAAUGGUACAGCCCAUGGUGCAGCCAUACCCGAGAGGCCCAAGCGAAGAGCAGCACAGGCUGUUAGAGACCAGAUUGCGCCUGAGGAUGUCUCCUCACUUCACGAGGAGAUAUUUGCAAGAAUGGAUAUUGAUGAGCGUAAAGAGUAUCAUGGCUGGGUUGAACUGGAGUCCGAACCAGUAAGUUCCCCAGUCUUCUCAACUCUUGGCAACCCAUCUGUUCUGUUCAUCACCAUUAAUCGGUGCUACAAGGCAUUUUUCAACGCGAUGCUCCAAUUUCUUGGCGCAAAGACACUUCAUGUUGAGGAGGUUUUCGCGCUUGACCAGGUGACACUGGCAGAUCUCCCGCAACCUGUUUACGGCCUUAUCUUCCUAGAAGAAUGGACCAGUGAAGAUGAGGCGAGCGAAGCUCGCCAAGACAGCCCUGAGAACUUGUGGUUUGGUAAUCAGACAACUACGAACGCUUGUGCUACUGUCGCGCUGAUGAACAUCAUCAUGAACGUGCACGCCGUCGAAAUCGGCGCAGAGCUAGAAAAGUUUAGAAAUGAGACAAAGCUACUUCGUCCACCUCAUCGCGGUCAUGCUCUGGACACGAAUGAUUUCAUCCGUGCAAUCCACAAUUCCGUUGCGCGCCGAAGCGACCUACUCAAUGAAGACUUGUUACUUGAGAACAAGUUCACGGACGCUAGCAAAAGGAAGAAAGCGCCUCCAAAGAAGAAGAGAAAGAGAUCCUUUAAAUCUAACUCCGACUCUGACAGCUAUCAUUACAUUGCGUUCGUCCCCGUGGACGGCCAGGUGUGGGAGCUCGAUGGUCUAGAAACCAUGCCGCUUUGCCUCGGAAAUUACAAGAAUCGUGACUGGCUUGCGAUUGCAAGCGACGCCAUAGUUAAGCACAUGGAGCGCCAAAACACAGAGUUUCUCACAUACAACUUGCUUGCUAUCUGCCAGUCCCCCUUGCUAACUCUAUCCGGACAACUUGCGACUACCCUUGUUCAGGCCAAGGCCCUGGACGAUAUGAUCACCGGUAGUGCGUCGUGGGAUGGCCCAUCGCCAUGGGCCGACUUCCCCGAUACUCGGCUCGUACGUUUCGAUCUGACACAAGAUAAGAUCCUCAAGCAGUUCACGUUGCAUCCUUCCUUCGAUGCCCGCGUUAACGACCCAGGCUUCAAUAUGACCGAUGCCAAGAUGUUGGCCAACGAGCUUCGUGAUGAGCAAGAAGAGCUGGAGAAGAUGUAUAUCAUCGAGGAAGCCACUAUCGCCGAAGCCGUCGAGAAGUUUCGCGCGCGGGGCCAGGAUUACACGCCUGCCAUACACCAUUGGGUACGGAUUCUAGCCGAGAAGGGGGUCUUGCGCCAGCUGAUUCAGAAGACGGACAAUAUCAGCUGA